GAUAUGAAUUUAAACAAUUUAUAUUUAGGUUUGUUCCUAUUUUCGCUGACUCUUGUUGGAUUGCGAGCUAAUAAAAUGUGUUACAAGUCCAAGACGUGCAUCCACAAUGGCCUUGAAAAAUGUGGCGUCAAUAGCGAAAAUAAACCUAGAAGAUUCCUUGAUUCUUGUGACAUUAUGGAGUAUAAUUGUUUGAAGGGAACUGAUUUCCAAAAAACAUCGCUGGAAAAAUGCGCAUCGUUGCCUCCGCUCGACUACUCCCAAGAAAGCAAUAAAGCUUCGGCAAGCAAACAAGAUAAUGAUGAAACUGAUGAUGACAAAGCCUCUCAUUCUGAAUAAAUAUUUUUGUCAUUUGAA